AACGGUGGCGCCUAUUGGCUGGAGCAGUCCCCGUGACGCCGGGUGGCGACUGGCUCCCGGGUCUGAGGGGCUUCUGCUUGUCAGGUUCUAGCUCAGUUCUUUUGGCUAGACCUAUGAUCACUCCCGUGAGACUUCACUGCACCCUUUCUCAAGUGUCUUCUUCAUCCCUAAUGUGUCAUUCCUCACCAUGGACCUGCUACGUUAGCUAAGGCAUGGGCCAGCGGGGCUAGUAGGAAGAUAUGUGCUGACUAGCAGGCUCACGUGCACAGUGUGGAGGAUAAGCUAUAUCUUACAAAAUGGGAUUUGGGAGUGACCUGAAGAACUCACAGGAAGCUGUGUUAAAGUUGCAAGACUGGGAACUACGGUUGCUGGAGACAGUGAAGAAAUUUAUGGCUCUGAGAAUAAAGAGUGAUAAAGAAUAUGCAUAUACUCUACAGAAUCUUUGUAAUCAAGUUGAUAAAGAAAGCACUGUGCAAGUGAAUUAUGUCAGCAACGUGUCCAAGUCUUGGCUACUGAUGAUUCAGCAGACAGAACAGCUUAGUAGGAUAAUGAAGACACAUGCAGAGGACUUGAACUCUGGACCCUUGCACAGGCUCACCAUGAUGAUCAAGGACAAGCAGCAAGUGAAGAAGAGCUAUGUAGGCAUUCAUCAACAGAUAGAGGCAGAGAUGAUCAAGGUCACAAAGACAGAAUUGGAGAAAUUAAAAUCCAGCUAUCGACAAUUAAUAAAAGAAAUGAAUUCUGCCAAAGAGAAAUAUAAAGAAGCCUUAGCGAAAGGGAAGGAAACAGAAAAGGCCAAGGAGCGCUAUGACAAAGCUACAAUGAAGCUUCAUAUGCUGCAUAAUCAGUAUGUGUUGGCACUGAAGGGGGCACAGCUCCAUCAGAGCCAGUACUAUGAUACCACACUUCCUCUGCUGCUGGACUCCGUGCAAAAGAUGCAAGAAGAAAUGAUAAAAGCACUAAAAGGUAUAUUUGAUGACUAUAGCCAGAUAACCAGCCUUGUUACAGAGGAAAUAGUGAAUGUCCAUAAAGAGAUUCAAAUGUCUGUUGAACAGAUAGACCCUAGCACCGAAUAUAAUAAUUUCAUAGAUGUUCACAGAACAACAGCUGCUAAAGAACAAGAAAUCGAAUUUGAUACUUCCCUAUUAGAAGAAAAUGAAAAUCUUCAGGCAAAUGAGAUCAUGUGGAAUAAUUUAACAGCAGACAGUUUGCAAGUCAUGUUGAAGACUUUAGCGGAAGAGCUCACACAGACCCAGCAGAUGCUUUUACACAAGGAGGCGGCCGUCCUGGAGCUAGAGAAGAGGAUUGAAGAAUCUUUUGAGACCUGUGAAAAGAAGUCUGACAUUGUGCUUCUUCUGGGCCAAAAACAGGCACUUGAAGAGUUGAAACAGUCAGUCCAGCAGUUGCGAUGCACUGAGGCAAAGUGUGCAGCACAGAAAGCUUUGCUGGAGCAAAAAGUACAGGAAAAUGAUGGGAAAGAACCACCUCCUGUGGUGAAUUACGAAGAAGACGCGCGGUCAGUCACAUCCAUGGAAAGAAAGGAGAGGCUAUCCAAAUUUGAGUCUAUUCGUCAUUCAAUUGCUGGGAUAAUUAAGUCUCCAAAGUCGGUACUCGGAUCUUCAACACAGGUGUGUGAUGUGAUCUCUGUGGGUGAGAGGCCCCUGGCGGAGCAUGACUGGUACCAUGGUGCCAUCCCCAGGAUAGAGGCACAGGAACUGCUGAAGCAGCAAGGAGACUUCCUGGUGCGGGAGAGCCAUGGGAAACCUGGUGAAUAUGUCCUUUCUGUAUAUUCUGACGGACAAAGGAGGCACUUUAUCAUACAAUUUGUCGAUAAUCUGUAUCGAUUCGAGGGCACCGGGUUUUCAAACAUUCCCCAGCUUAUAGAUCACCACUUCAAUACAAAGCAAGUCAUCACCAAGAAGUCUGGGGUGGUUCUGCUCAACCCCAUCCCAAAGGAUAAGAAAUGGGUUCUCAAUCAUGAAGAUGUUUCAUUGGGAGAAUUACUGGGCAAGGGGAAUUUUGGUGAAGUGUAUAAGGGCACACUAAAGGAUAAAACUCCUGUUGCCAUUAAAACGUGCAAGGAAGACCUUCCUCAGGAAUUAAAAAUAAAGUUUCUACAGGAAGCCAAAAUUCUGAAGCAAUAUGAUCAUCCCAAUAUUGUCAAACUGAUAGGCGUGUGCACACAAAGACAGCCUGUCUACAUCAUUAUGGAACUGGUCCCAGGGGGUGAUUUUCUGACCUUCCUGAGGAAGAGGAAGGACGAGCUGAAGCUGAAGCAGUUGGUGAGAUUUUCCUUGGACGUUGCUGCUGGCAUGUUGUAUCUCGAGAGCAAGAACUGCAUUCACAGGGACCUGGCUGCACGGAACUGCCUGGUGGGUGAAAAUAAUACUCUGAAAAUCAGUGACUUUGGAAUGUCUCGGCAAGAAGACGGUGGAGUGUAUUCAUCUUCUGGCUUAAAGCAGAUUCCUAUUAAAUGGACAGCACCGGAAGCUCUUAAUUAUGGGAGAUACAGUUCUGAAAGUGACGUGUGGAGCUUCGGCAUCCUCCUCUGGGAGACCUUCAGCCUAGGAGUCUGCCCGUACCCUGGAAUGACAAACCAGCAAGCGCGAGAGCAAGUGGAGAGAGGAUACCGGAUGUCAGCCCCACAGAACUGUCCAGAGGAGGUUUUUACAAUCAUGAUGAAGUGUUGGGAUUACAAGCCUGAAAACCGCCCUAAGUUCAACGACCUUCACAAAGAGCUCACUGUCAUCAAGAAGAUGAUCACAUAGUGCCAGCCAGGGCUGGAUGCCACCUGUAGGACUCUGUCCUCAGUCACCCCCACUUUAUACCACCUUACUGCAACCAUCUUUGAAGGUUAUGUUUUUUUAUUAACUGGGUUUUUAAAGUAUGUUCCACUUUAAACUAUGUUAAAGGCAAAUCUAUUCAAGAAAUAAAUAGUCCUACCCAGAGCCGUAUUAGCUAACCACAGCAACCCUGCCAUUUGAUACCGCUGUAAAGAGAAAAGCACAGGACUAAUGGUAAAGGCCAAAGAAAAAGGCCUGCCUUUAAUACCUAGGUCCAUUGGUGAUCUCCAAGGUUUUCUACUCUAGGCACAGCCUGUGGGCUGCUGUCUUCUGCCACAGGCCCUCCUCGGUUGGUGCUAUAAACAGCCUUGGUAGCGCAUGCUUGCAGGACACGUGCCCACCACAGUUGCUCUCCACUCUGCCAAGGCGAGAUUAUAUCUAUAAAUAUAAUCAUAUAUUGGGAAUCAUUUGGACUUCCUAGGGUUUCUCUUUCUUUUCUGUCAGAACAAGCCCGGUGAGAACAUCACACUGCCGUGUCAUUUUGUCUUUUACUUCCCCAGUCCAGGCUACAGAAAAUGGUGCACAGAAAAUUUCCAGAGAGUUCAGGGCACAGAGGCAGCAGCUUCUGCAGGACACUGCAGAGGACAAGGAUGACAGGAAGCAUGUGUGGGCAGCUAGCCAGUGUUCACCAGGGAGAAGAAAGCAAGAGUGCCUGCCUUCCUCCCAGACGUACGCCUUCAGAAUACCCUAUAUCUGGGUCUCAAUUCCCUAACAAGGUCUAAGAAAUGUUCAGGAGUUCAUAGAGCCCAGUGGAAACGUUCUUAGAUACUAGCGUCCACAGGAAGAGCAGCAUGGUUCUGAUUGUGUGUCUUCAUCCUAGGAGACAAUCCCAGAAUGAAAGUCCCUCUACUUGUACCAGUUUCUGGGUCUUCAGAAUCCAUGAUGCAUGGUUACAAACACAUCCACAUAUAUCUACUGAAGUGCAGGGCUGCUGUGAAUGAAAUGGACAGGCCAGAUGUCAAGUCAGCAUUGAUGAUGAAAAUCUCUAGGGACACCCACACCUCUAUCUCCUCUUUUCCACUAAAGCCACUCCCUGGAAAUCUUACUGAUAAUGCACAGGUAUACAGCACAGCAUUAAAGUGUCGCCCGUGGAUCUAAUGUACAUCAGGUAAAACCAGGCUGUGACUGAGCUCAAUCUCAGCUGUGUCAAGGACUUUCCCCUGUGCACAGUUGUCUCAGGAUCAGUGUCCGGGAGAUGGCCUCCUGCCUGCCUGGCCGUAUAGAGCAUAGGUCAGACUUUGCAGGAGGCAGCUGAAGAGAAGGACUCGUAUCCAUCAUUUCGGUCCCCUUACUAAUUUUGUAAUCUUAAACACAUUUAGUGAUUCGUACACGCAGACUGCAGUGAAGGCAUAGUGAGCCUGUCCGCACCAUUCACGGCAGCACACAAACCAGCUUCCUCCUCCGCACAGCUCUCCCAUGGGUCAGAUACGCUAAAUCAGCAGAGCUGCCUUCCGAUGGCACACACCAUGGCAACCCGAGUGCAAACUCAGCCAUUCACAUUAAGGGCCCUGCUCUCCAGGCAUCUGCCGGCCCUCAGAAGGAGAUAAGACGCUCCCUUCCAGGAUGCAACUGACUCUGUGUGUAAUACACUCUGUACAUGAAAAAGAGGGAAAAACAGCCUCUCACUACUUAGCAGUCCGAGCCCAGCAAGGGACAGGAGGCUGGCUUGGCUCUGCCUCUGUGAACAAGACAUGAAGCUUAAUCCCAGCAUUCUGGUGUACAGAGAACAUGGCACUGAGACUCGCUCAUCCAGGCUCUUAGAAUUUGCAAUUCACAUCAUAACUCUUUGCUUAAAUUAAAGAGGCUUUUCAAAACAUCAUGACAUCUGCAACAUUUAAAUUCUAUUUUAUUCUUUGUCCCAGAGCAGGCAGAGGUAUAGUUUAAGAUUAACUCAUCGGGAGCCUUUCAGAAUCAUGUCAGUCAUCUAGAAUAUUAAAUUUAACAGAGGCACAUGCAUUAAGGAAAGCUUAUGCAAAACAUUCUUACUGUUAAUUUUGUUAUGCUUGAAGCAUAAUUUAUUCAUCCCUUCUGUCGAUGAUAAUUAUUGGAAUUAUGUACUUUAGGAGGCUAAUCCAUACCCAAAAAGUGCACAUAUAAAUACAGUUCUGAUUUGCAAGUUGAUUUAGGGAAAAGAGCCUGCAGAAAUGCACAGAAAUGCACAAAACUCUACGACAUCCUUGCUUAAAAAAAUAAUAAUUGUCCACAGUGGUUUCCCGGUAACACUGGUGUGGAUACACUUGAACCUGGUCACGGUUCCUUAUUUCUCUGUCUGAGAGCUUUGUGGGCCUGUUCAUGACUGCGCUCAUCGGCAUCCCUUUAGGUCAGCAAGCUGGGCAUGAAGGAGAAGGCUGGCGAACAUGAGCAGCCUGACUUCCCUCUGCUGUAUCUACCUUGAGUCACCAGGAAACCUUCCUGAGAAAUGGGAGGUCAUUGCUUGUCAAAGACAGAAAACUUUUCUGUCAUGGCCACAUUUGGUGCGGACUUCGUGUGAUCUAAGCUUUCUCCUUAAUGCCGUUUUCUUAGGAAGACGAUAAAGAAUUACUUGGCCUUUUUCAGCCCAUCAUUCUGCUACCAGGACCACAGGGGGAAAAUCCCAUGUGAUUCUUUCUCCUUUUUCCAAGGCUUACCAGGGACAGUAGAGUUGGUUCCUGAGUCAUAGCUGGCCACCUUCUCACAAACAUCCAUCCACACAGCCUGCAGUCAUUCAGUGUGAGUCUCACAGAGAAAACAGAAUUCCUAUGACUGAGAGUGUGCUAAUUUCCUAAAACAACCAAGUUUCCUUCUCUGUUAGCCAGUUUCCGUCAGCUAGCUCCUCUGACGUCACCACAGCACUGUGCUACGACUGUUGUCAAGCAAGCCUGUCAGUUGCAAUCUAACAUGCUGCACGCCAGCAUUCGGGCAGGGAGCAGGAGGUACAGCAGGUCAGGUCUGCUGUGCAGUGUGAUCGUCACAUGCUCUGCAAGCGUGCCUGACUAUCAUCUUAAUGUGUGUGACCGUCCUUCAUGCAUGUGUCCUUGAAGCAGAGUGACACCUAAGGGCUAUCUGCCUGAGCCCCUUCCUUUCAGCAUGCUCUGUGUGUCACACCGUUGGCAUUCUCCCUGCCACUUGUCAGUAGAUGUGAUUGUCAUGGGAAGUCAGGCUUUCCUAUUGGAGAUCAGAGCCCUCAUACAAAACAGCAGAGCAGCCAAGAAAGAGCUGCAGAGACCCAGCUCGCUUAUGUGUCAGCAUCUUCAGUAGAUUGGAUCAAAAGUUUUAUAUGAAAAUUGAUCAUUAAAGUGGCAUGAGAGUUUACUAUGAAAAUAAAGUAUUUCCUCUUAUUAACAGAUUUACUAUACCAUUAGAAUAUUUUAUUAGAUUUUUACUUUAUAUUUUUCUGGGCUUAUUAGUUUCAUGUCAAGUCUGAAUACAUACUUUUUUGAGAACCCAAAAUGUCAUUUCUGUAUAAGAAAAGACCCUGAUUUAAAAGCCAGCAAGAUCACCCUGCUAGGAGUUACUGAGACAGAUUUAAGCUCCCAUAAAAUGUCCUUUUGAAAGUCAUGUUCUAAUACAGAUGGUUAAUCAACUAUAUUAUCAUCACCCUAAGUCAGUGUGAGAAAUGUCCCCUCACCCCAGGAACCAUCUCUCUGUCUUCCACUAACGCAAAGAUGAAAGUCAGGAAUAGCAUUAUACUUUGCUAACUUGACAAAUGUCUGGGAUAGUAAGAAAUAACCGUGCUCCAAAAUAAUUCAUUACUCUGGCCAGGACUAAUGAACUGGGGCACAGUGGGUCUGUCAGUGAGUUGCCCAGGUGGCCUGCAGGAAGGCCAAACAAGAAAGAACCAGCUCCUCAUAGCACGUGGAGAAACUAGACAGACUGUGUCACCAGGAGCCCUGAGGAAAUCCAGGGGGCCAGACCAGAAAAGAGCAUCAGUCCCAAAGAGCCCACCGCAAUGCCAGAGCCUCUCCCUGCAGCAGGAGCCACUUGGCACCCCACUCAGGGAUGACACCAUGCGAGGUGGCAUUCCCCUCAUUGUCUUCCACCCAGUGAACAAGAGGCCCCAUGUGCUCAGUCUUGAAGGAGACUAGCCAAAGCCUCUAUGUUUUUACUAGUUAUCGAAACUCCUUAGGUGAAGGCGGCGGUGUUUCCUAUCUCAUUAGAAAUCUUUUAUGCAAUAGAACCUGACCUGGGCUGAAGUUUCCUAAAUGAGAACAUGCUUACAUCAUCUUGUGCUGCAUUGGACUAAGUGGUUCCUGCCCUGCCGAGGGACCUGCUGAGCAGGACUCUUGCUAUACUGCACUCAGAAGGGAAUCAAAGUGGCAGGAAGUUGGACAAGUAGCCAUGAAAACUAGCCCAAAAAGCGUUCUGAGGCAGAACACAGUGCAUCGGGGUGAAGGGGCAGGUAUUCCCACAAAGGGGUCCCAGGAAGACAGCACUGAGAACACCAAUGAGACCCAGGGCAAAGCCCAGUGAGUGCGGACCCAGACUUAGGCUGGGGAGCAGCCUGCUGCUGCACAGCACCAAAGACAACACCUCAAGCCUCCACAGCCGCUGUUUGAAGGGCUCGAGUUGACUGAUGCUCUUACAUUCCCUGCUGUCUCAGGGAUCAGCAACUGGUGGGACUCAAGCCCCAUUUCCUUUCGUAAGCACAGGUAAGCUGAGUAACAACCUACCUGAGUGUGUGUCACCAGUGCUAGAAGGAAAUGGCUGUGACUGUUUCUGAGUUUCACUUUAUUAAUGAAAAACUAAUGGCGUCCUUACUAGCAAACUUGUAAGAGUCCUCAAACAAUAUUGAAGUCUCUUGAAUUUCAGAACUGUGCACUCAAACAUCUGUUAAAACAGUAAGAUGCAAGGUGUAUAUCCCAGAGGACUGGGGUGCUGCCCAGCAGUAUCAGACCUGCCACAGAACGUUUCCCCUCGUAUCUGCCAUGUCAGGUACAGGAACAGUCAGAGGCCCAAUUCUCUUUUCUUGUUGUUGUUUUCUUGUUACUUUGUUGCUUUCCCAGAACAGAAAGGCCUUCAUCAUCAGCUUAUAAACACAAGAGUGAUGUCUCGGGAGCUCCCUGCCUUACAGGGAGUAUGCAGACCUGAAAAGGCAGAGCACGCAGUCUGUGAGCUGAGAGGGCAUGCUCAGGUGGAAAGUGUGCUAUAUGAGUAACCUAUCAGCAAGGCUUUCAGAGAUCUAAGGUCAGAAAGAUUACUGUCCAUGGGCAUGUCCAGGUUGAAAAUGUCCCUAUUCUUGGGCUAGUAAGAUGACAUCCUUCUAAAGGAAUGUUGGGACAGAAUAGUCUACCAUAAAGCCCUGAGCAUCCAGUCUUCCCACACACCAGUCUACAUGAAUCCACUUUGUAUCCUCUAUUCCCUUCUUAAGAGCAAUAUCUAAAUCAUUCAAGUUACAUCAUGUUAGAUGAUUCCCCAAAGCCUCAAGAAAGAGGGCAGUGUGAGGGCUUGAGUUCAAAGCAAGCCAGCCUACCUAAAUAGAUACCCAUAGCACUGUGAAAACAUGCUCUCCUUGGUGGUUCCCAAAGUAGCCUCCUUCCUAGAGAACCAGACAUUACCCCCUUUCAUGUUUGUGGGGAAUUCCUAUAGCAUCAGAAUAAGUAUGUAAUAAAUGCUAUCCAGCAGAUCCAAGACUGGUACAGUAAGAAGCCAGGUGUCCUUCUGUAGCCACCAGCACACACCCAAACUCCGCCUCCUAUUUUCUUCUUGUAGCACUGACUUGCCUGACAAUCAUUACAGAGCAAACCGUGAGCCCGUCUUCCCCAAGGCUCUAAGUGGCCUGUGUUUGGAACCUUGUGGGGUCAGGAGGCUAAGAGAGAAUCAGACAGAAUUGUGUGGAUGGAUACCCUGUGUAAGAAACCAUCCUUUUUUAGCUCACCAUUCUAUGUGUUUUCUUUCUUAAGCCAAAAAUCAUCUUAUUUAAGAAUUUUUCUCUUACAAAGAAUUUGGUGGGGAAAACUUGCUACCAACUCAUAAGAAAUGCCAGACUAGUGUGUACACACACAGGGCCAGGAAGCAAGCUCACGCCUCACCCAGGGGAUGGCUGUACUUAAAUUGGAUGUGGGGUGCUGAGGAGGCCCAUCCCAUGUUAGUUGUAAUUGCUCUCCUGGAGGAGCAUUGAACACAUCCCAGUGGAGGCGUGUUGACUCAGUGUCAGUGAGACUAUCCCACACCUUCAGCAGGUUACUGCAGCUAUACAGGACCAUCCAGAGGCUCUGACCAAAUCAAACAUAAACAGAAGCUCAUUUGCUUCCAAUCCAUGACCAAAGCGGCCAGAGACAGAAAAACGCCCUUCCGUCUGCUGGAAUUUCACUCUGAUAACACGUCUGUUGUUAACUGUGACCUGUUAAGAGUUCUCCAUGUGGACACAGUUCUUGUGGGAUGGUUCCGUUAGCAUCCUCCUUCAUCAACCACCAAGACUGCCUGUGGAAUCAGCUUCUGUAGUCAAACACCUGAAGAGCCCAUGUUUAAAUGCCUGUAGACUUUAUGUUUAGCCUGUGUUUCAGUGUGUAAACGAUUGAGCAGCUGGGGACCGAGGAUGGACGGUGGUACACAUUCUGUCCUCUUUGCACUUUAGUUUGUGUGUAAGCUUCUGUGUUUGGUCUGGGUGCUUUUGGCGAGUCCACUUGUGCUCUCCAAAAGCACGACCACGCAACCACGCCGAGUUUAAGGGUCCCUGGAAGUAGCAGAAAAUAAAAGCGAGCUCUCGGAGACCCACGAACUACUCCAACUUCCUCAGGAGUCCAAGCCAACUAAGCACAAAAACAAAAUACUCACCUGGUGCCCAGGCUGUCAGCCCACCCGUGUUCCUAGCACAGGCCCCCAGAGAGCAGGUGCAGAACUAACGCUUUCCGAGUCGUUUGUCUGCUUGUUACUAGAUAAGCUCAGUGGUGAGAGAGAUGGCCAGCCACCUGCAGGCGAGGUGUUCCAUCUGUAAUCAGCACCUUGAGCCAAGCACCUCUGUGGCUCUCGGAGUUAAUUCAGUGCCAGUGGAUGGCCAUUUCAAUGUCACGUUGAAGCACCUUUAAUGUUUUGUUGUUGUUAUUAUUUUAAAAUAAUGUAUUUGUGAAGUGGAUAAAAGAAACACUGGAAACCGGGUGCUUCUGAAAACAUCAAGUAUAAAACAUGAACAAGGUCUGUGGUGCUCUAUCCAGCUGUGCAAACAACCCUGAAGAUGGGUGGAGUGGUUAGUUCUCUGCUUUGGCUGAUUGUGCCUGAGAGUGUAUUUAUUUGUUAAGCCUUACGUUCAGAAGAAAUACACCUUGAAUUUUGGCUAACAUUAUAGAACGUUCUGAAAAUUGCCUUCUACAUUUUUUAACACAAUUUAAUCAUUUUUAUAAAUUAAGGCCACUUUUGGACAGCCUUCUUGUACCAGAGACCAAUUACCAUCCGUUGGUCUGCAGGCCUCUUUUUAUUAUGUCCUUGUAAUAAUGUAAAAUAUUUACAGCAAAC